AUGGCGGAUGCCAUAUGGUCGGUCCCACUCCACUGUGAAGCAAACCACCUCGAUACUCAUGCGACCGUUCCCACCCCCUUCACAGACGCAAGAAAUUACAAAAGAAAAUCGAUUGACGAGCACGAUGAAUGUUCUUUUGUUGAAGAUUUACUCUACCUAAAUCAAGAGAGGAAAGAUUCGCAGAGCACGCAACAUUCGCUACAUUCGCAAAAUGCGCAAAAUGUGCAAAACGAUAAUUUAUUUGUCAAUGUAGAACUUGGUUCAACUCGAACCAGCGCCAUCGGUCUGAACGCAGUGAAGAAUGCCAGCUAUGCGGAGAGUAAGAUAAAGGAGUCGAGCAGUGCUAAGAAUCACCAAAAUUUUGGCCCACCCGGUGAACUUAGCCUAGAGUCCCCCCUGAACGAAAUUCAACGGUACCAGCUGACCCUGCUCAAGAAAAGCAACCCCGCAUGUCCCAAAGCGCCAAAGGUAUCCAUCACCAGUGACAAACACGAGGGAGAAGACCAAACUGGAGAUAACUCUGAUGAACCGAAGCUCAAGACAGCCAGUGAUGAAGCCAAAAUAGGUAUCUCUUUGAAGGAAAAUAUACACCCUUUAAAUAAUUCUACCCAAGGAAAAAUGCAAGAAAGGCACUUGCUCAUUAAACCGAGACGGAAUUACAGCGAUUUACAUGCAAGCCAAAUGGAUGACUCGAACGCGAAUAAUGAAAAUCUGCUCAGAUCGAAUGAGCAGACACCUGGUGGGAAGGACGCUCUGGUAAGAUGUGGCCAUUUCUCGAAUGGACAUAGAAUCCCAUCAUUUGUUGACCUGAAAAAGGGGGAUAGAAUGAACCAACCGAAUAGCUCAUUUCAGUACGAAGGAGAAGGGACAAAAAGUACCCCCCCAAAUAAUAAGCCCACGAAGGAGCCCCUAAACAAUGGGUAUUUGCCCAAGGGGGCAGCGCCCGAGUGGAGGGAUGAAACUGUCGUAGGUGACAAACCGAGUAGCCAAAUGGGUGAAGGGAAGUAUAAGGCAACCCCCAAUUCGAUGGGAGAGCUUGCUUUUAAAAAAAGCAGUCUUACGUGUAGGGAGGGCUUGUUUGAGAAUUACAGUUAUGCCAACAUGGGGGAAGCGAAUGAGGUGAAUGAAGCGAGCGAGGUGAAUGAGAUGAAUGAAACGAACGAGGCGUACGCUUCGAAUAAGACGAACGAGCGGUGCGCCGACCUGCGGAGGGGACCCCCACGGGACGCUUUGAAGAAGUGCCACCAGAUGGACGACCACUGCGUGAUUUACAAGCGAGAAAGACAGGGUGAAAAAAAGGCGCUUGAAGAAGAUCACGCCAAGGAAGAGGUACCCGCGAGUCAGUUUGGAAGAAAGGGCCCCAAUCGAUUCAACCCACAAGCGGAUGCUGACUUGUCUCCAUUGCGUAGCAGUUUUGCAGAUACUAAUGGAGCAGUGAGCAGCAGGAAGGAAAUAAAAAUUACGCAGAAAAACGAGGUGACCCACUCCAUUCUUCACAUUUCGAACAGAAGCGCCAUACAUUUGCAGAAACCCGCUAAUGUAAAGGCAAAUAUGCCCCUCGUAAGCCACGAAAAGAACGUAGCGUCUAACUUAAAAGUGCCGGACAGGCAAAUUCCCCCUGAGAAAGAAGCAAAUAGCGUCUCUCGAAAUAACACGCCAAAUAAGCUAACGCAUAAGAGUGUACCCAAAAAUGUGAGUGUCAGCUCGAAGAUAAAAAAUGACAAAGCAGUUACCUACCUGACGUAUGAAGAUAUUACCGAAUUUGAAUGCGAAGUGAACACAGAGACCAUCCAUGAGAUGAUUACGAAGUUGCUAGAAAUUACCAAAGAUCAGGAAUGGACCAAGCAAAUUGAAAAUUUAAUUAACUUAAGAAAAAUUUUAAAAUAUCAUCAUAAAUUAUUUUUUGAAAAUCAUGCAAAGGAGUUAAGAAAAAUAUCGAGGUCUAUAAUAGAGCUGUUAAAUAGCCCCCGAUCUUGUGUUUCAAAAAAUGCCCUACUAUGUUUGUCCGAAUUUUACUCCAUUGGCAAGAAAAGAAUGGAUGCUACUUUGGAUGACGUCAUCCUGCCGUGUUUGAAGAAGGCUCACCAGACGUCCACGGACUUUCUGAGCAGCGCUGCCAACAAUGCGCUCCUCUCGAUAUGUAACUCGUGUACCGAGAGCAAGCUGAUUUUGCACUUUGUGAAGAUAAUUACCUCAAAGCAAAAGACGUACAACCUGAUAUGCCUCAAGUGCCUGAUCGCGGUCAUAAUCAAGUUUGAGGAUAACAUUUCCAAGUUUAAGGAAAUUAACAAGCUUAUAGAGGCCCUUGUGGAGUGCACCGCAGGGGGAAGCGCCGAGAUGAAGUGCACAGCCAGGGUGGCCUUGGUCGUUCUGGACAACAUUUGCCCGAUCAAGCAGAACGGCAGCAAGUUUCACAUUCCCGCGGAUAAAAUAAAGAAGAUCGAAGGCCUGACGGACCGAACGUCCGAAAGCGAAAUCGACUCCGUGCUGGGGAAAAUCAAGUUCAGUUGA